GUUUACGGAAUAAUAACUUAUCUCCAAACAAAGAGGAGAUACAUGUUCUGUUAGGUUUAGUACCGAUUAAUAACAUCUAUGUUUAUGUGGCGGGGUCCUCAAGUUACAACAUUUCUCAACUCGUUCGGUGAGCUGUCCCAAACAGCUGCUGCUGAAGUUUACAGAAGCGAAGUUAUCAUCAGUUUCUGAAGUUUUUUAGGUGUAGUUAGAGGCGGAAGAGCAUGGAUGUGUUCAGGGUGUUUGUGGCUGUUUUAUCACUGUGUGUGUCUGUGGUCAGCGCUUUUUCUCAGUCUCUGGACAGCGACUUUACAUUCACUCUCCCUGCCGGUCGUAAAGAGUGUUUCUUCCAGAGUAUGAAGAAAGACGGAUCAAUGGAAAUCGAGUAUCAGGUUUUGGAUGGAGCGGGUUUAGAUGUAGACUUCUACCUGUAUGCACCUAAUGGUGACAUUUUGGCCACUGACGACAGAAAGUCUGAUGGGGUUCACACAGUGGAAGCAGAAGAUGGAGACUACAUGUUCUGUUUUGAUAACACAUUCAGUUCUGUUUCUGAGAAAAUUAUCUUCUUUGAGCUGAUUUUGGACAAUAUGGAUAACGGAGAGGAACCUGAGGACUGGAAGGCAUAUGUACAGGGAGCAGACCUUCUGGACAUGAAGCUUGAAGAUAUCAUGGAAUCCAUCAACAGCGUAAAAGCACGUUUGGUUAAGAGUCUUCAGAUCCAGACGUUGCUGAGAGCCUUUGAAGCACGUGACCGCAACCUACAAGAAAGCAAUUACGAAAGGGUUAACUUGUGGUCAUGUACCAACCUUGUUGUCAUGGUGAUCGUAUCUUGUGUCCAAGUCUAUUUGUUACGCAGUCUAUUUGAUGACAAGAGGAAAGUGCGCACAUAGCCUGGCCUGCCGCUACUGACUGAAAAAUGUCUGAUUGUCCCUAAUAUUCUGCUCUAUCCUCGGUUAUCCCUCAACAAAGUGUCCUUGGACUGAUGAUAGAUGGAGUCUCUCCUCUGCACACCUUCUCACUUUUAUAUCCGUCUUGUUGUGAUAAAGACAAUCAUAUUUUACUUGAGCCAGGCAGUCUUACUGAUAAAAUAAGACAUUGAAGUUGAUCUUUAAGCUGCUGCUGCUAUGUGUGACAGAGAUCUCACCAGAUGUAUGACUUCUUAGAUGUUUUUAAUGAUAAAUCAGAUCACUAAUAGUUUUCUGUUUUUGUAUGACAUCAUGUUUUAUAGAUUGUAACCCUAUACUGACUUGUUCACUGUAUAAAGUGUAGUUACUGAAUUUUUGGCACUGAUAAUUAGGGAUGGGCAUUCGAUUAAAUUUUUUUAGUCGAUUGUCGGGAGAAUUAACGAUCAACUAUCGAUUAAUCAUUAAUAUUUUUAUAAUAAAAAAUAAUUAUUUAACUUUUAUAAUUCAAAAAUGUUGAAUACAAAAAUACAGCGUGUUUUCCUCCAUGAGACCUUUAUUACAAGAUCAACUUGUGGCAAAAAGUUAAACUACAUUUAGUUAGACAAACGGAACAUAUAUGCGCUUGAAUAUGCGGUGCUCUAAAGCAGUGGAACCUGCAGCUGCGAGCCGCAUUCAGAGACCUCAUUUGUUCCAAAAAAUCAUGACCUCUACAUGAUUAUUUUUUUUAAAUCAAAACGGAAGGUCACAGAUAACGGAAUAUGGUGUCAAAUAUUGCACCCUGGUGGUAAAAUGUUGAAUUGCUGCCACACAGUGAAAUUCAUUUAAUUGCUUCAAGACACACGCUACGCUAGGCAACGCAACCUGCAUUAGAUAAAAAAAGUAUUUGAUUAAUCAAUAACAAAUUAACGUCAUCGACUACAUUCUUAACGAUCAAUUAGCGAUCGUCGAUUAAUCAUGCCCAUCCCUACUGAUAAUACACUGAUAUGCAGCAUAUUUCGGGUUUUUUGUAACAAACAAGUUAACUAUUUUGAAAUUAAACUGACGUGAAGCGUUUGUGAAUAGCAAUGUCUGAUUUAAGCUACUAUUUUGAAUGCAUUUUUCUACA